AUUCCAUCAAGAAGCCAUACAAAGUCUAAAAUUUCAGACCGCUUGUUUGAGUUCAUAUGAGAAAGAAACAGAUGAGAGUGAGGGUAAAGAGGACAAAGAGGAAAAUGAGAAGAAUGACAAAAGGGAGAAUAAUGAAGAUGGAUAUGAAGAUAAGUAUAAUGAAAUGAAUGAUGAGAAUGAUGAAGAGGAGAAUGAAGAGAGAGAUAAAAAUUAUGAUAGUGAUAGUGAAAAUAAUGAAGACGAAAAUGAAAAUGAGAAUAGAGAUGAUAAUAACGGAAAUGAUAGUAAUUAUAGCACCAAGAAUGAAAAUAAAGAUGAGGAUAGAGAUGAUAAUAAUAGAAGUG